CAUGAACAUGAAUAGCCACAGUUACACCAUCUACAAUGCCGUCUAUGCUGUGGUACAUGCCUUGCAUGCUCUGUAUUCAUUCAAAAGGAAACACACAGUUUUGCCAGAUACAAGUCAACUGAAUCUUCGCCAUCAAGAAUUUUGGCAGUUGCAUCAUUUUCUGAGGACUGUCUCAUUUAACAAUAAUGCUGGGGAGCCUGUUUCCUUUGAUGAAAAUGGGCAAUUGGUGUCAGGAUUUGACAUAAUCAACUGGAUCACCUUGCUAAACCAGUCCCUCCUUAGAGUCAAAGUUGGAAGUUUAGAGGUACAUACAUCUGAAGAAAUGAAAUUCACCAUUCAGGAGAAGGCCAUUGUUUGGCCCACCAGUUUUAAUCAGGUUCAGCCCCUUUCAGUGUGCAAUGAUCACUGUCUUUCAGGUCAAAGAAAAACUGUGAAAGAAGGGAAACUGUUCUGUUGCUAUGAUUGUCUUCCAUGUGCAGAAGAAAAGAUUUCAGCACAAGAGGAUGCAGAUGACUGUGUCCCAUGUCCAAGAGAUCAGUAUGCAAAUUUCCAUCAAAAUGCAUGCAUUGUUAAAGAGAUCUCCUUCUUAUCUUACCAAGACAUUUUAGGAAUCACAUCUUUGGUGUUUGCAUUCUUUUUUGCUUUCAUGACAGUACUUGUGCUUGCUAUCUUCAUUAAGCACAAUGACACACCUAUUGUCAAAGCCAACAACCAGAGCCUUUCCUACCUUCUCCUCACCUCUCUUCUCUUCUCCUUCCUUUCUGCUUUCCUUUUCAUUGGUCGGCCAACACUACUGACAUGUCUCCUUCGACAAGUUGCUUUUAGCUUCAUAUUUUCAAUAUCAAUUUCUUGCGUGCUGGCUAAGACUAUCAUUGUAGUUCUUGCUUUCAUGGCCACCAAACCAGGAUCUGGAAUAAGGAAAUGGGUAGGAAACAGAUUGGCUACUUCAAUUGUCUUUUUUUGCUCCUUUCUUCAAGGUUCUCUUUGUGUCAUUUGGCUGGCAACCUCUGCCCCAUUUCCACAUUUUGACAUGUAUUCCCUGCAUAAAGAAAUCAUACUAGAGUGUAAUGAAGGGUCAACUUACAUGUUUUACUGUGUUUUGGGCUUCAUGAACAUUCUUGCCCUAGUCAGUUUCAUGGUUGCUUACCUAGCUAGGAACUUACCUGACACGUUUAAUGAAGCCAAGUUCAUCACCUUCAGCAUGCUGAUCUUCUGCAGUGUGUGGUUGUCUUUUUUCCCAGCCUAUCUGAGCACCAAGGGCAAACACAUGGUGGCUGUGGAAAUCUUCUCCAUCUUUGGCUCCAGCGCAGGGUUACUGGCUUGCAUUUUUUUACCCAAAUGUUAUAUUAUUCUUUUCCAGCCUGAACUAAAUAAAAGAGAACAGCUAGUGAGGAGGUAAUAAUAUUUCCAUGUUUUUAUUUAUCAUUGCUGACAAUUCAAUGUGAUAAGCAAGAUGUUCAAUUUGAAAAUAAAGUUUAUGAAAAUA